UGAGCUUACGGUAGUGGUCGUCGUCGGCAGUGGUGGCGGCGCGGGCGAUUGAUUUGCGCAUGUCAGUUGGCCGCCUUGGCAAAUGGCGGCACCUUGUUAUUGUCCCCCCGUGGCGUUCGUUCGUCGUCGUUUCGCGACCAGAUUAUAAUGUGCAAAAGGGCCAACGAUCGCUAAGUUCGGUGGUCAAUCUCGAUCAAAAGAUCCGCGGCUGACAUCCGAGGAACGCGGGAUCUACGGGGCGUCGCGAGCCGUGCAGCUACGCGUAAGUGUGCUAACGCAGCCCAAAGAGGAGUAGCAGCAGCAACAGCGAUAGAGCACCACAGGCAUCAGCACAGCUAGCUACAUAUACACACUCUUCAUAAAGUGACUUGAAAAAUAAUCCAGGUGGAUAUAUUGCUGGAUUUGUUGGUCACUAUUUGUGACAGAAGAAUCUCUCCAUACAGAGACACAAACAUUUGUAUAUAAAAGUCUCAAGACUACAUAUGUAGUUAUGUGAUUUAUCGUUGAAAUGGCGGCUGAUAGUGAUGGUGAUUUAAUCACAACAAUAAUAACUUGUGAAGGUAAUAUUGAUGAUCCAGAAUUUCCAGACAAGUUCAAAGUUAUUGUUGACCAACUUAAUUCCCUUGUCUGCGAAGAUAAGGAAAAAAGUUUGAUAGUAAACAAAGUUGAACCAUGGAACUCAGUUCGAGUCACAUUUUCUAUUCCGAAAGAAGCUGCUUUGCGGUUGCGAGAACUUGCAGCUCAAGGCUCAUCCAAUCUUACACAACUUGGGAUACUUUCAGUACAAGUAGAAGGCGAAGUGAUAUCGUUAACAAUAGCAGGCCGAUAUGGAGGUGAACCUCAAGAGAUAGUUUUAAAUUCAGGAUCAUCAGAAGAAAGUGCAAAUAAAUCUCAAAAUGAUUCUUCUAACUUAUCUAGUACAGAAGACAGUAGUACUUCUUUACCAGGUCCUAGUAAUUCUUCUAAUGUUUCAUUGGCCUUACGGAAUGUUGUUCAAAUUAUAUCUGCAGGUCCAUCUACAGAAAAACAACCCCAGUUUCGAUCCCCAAACGUUGUGGCGCCGACAGAUUGCGAGCCUAUUCCUACAUUUUUGAAUAAGCAGCAACCUGCAAAUCAACAAAAACAAAUGACAGCUUCGACUGCGUUAGGCGCUAAUUCCGUUGUUCAAUCUGCUGUUGCGAGUACAAGCGGAAGUACGUCGCGGUCGAGCUAUGGGCCAUUCCCAUUUGCUAGCAUGACCCAUGCAGCACAAGCAAUAAAUAAAAAUGCCCCUGCGGUAGCAGCUGUUCCUCAAACGCCAACGAUACCGCUCAAACACAGCCAACCGCCUCCACCUUAUCCGGCUGUUCAAGAGACCGUCACAUCUUCCCAAGCAGAUCAUACAGUACCACAGACGGUCGCUGCCAUGGGAACAAAUCAGUACAAAGCGCCGAAUGUCAUGGCAUCUAGUCCAUCGCCAAACACAAAUUCUACCUUUAUCCCAAAUCAAGCUUCCUCUCUUGGUGGUAACCAAGUAGCAUUGUCGAGUCCUCUUCUCGUUAAUUUGCUUCAAAAUGAUGGUGUGCCGUCAACUUCGACGAAUACUGAUGUUCAUGCAAAUAGUCAGCAACAGAAAAUGUUGCCUCCUGUAGUGGUAGAAGGUUCAACGAUGGUCAAUCGUAUACGUCCACAGAAAAAACCAACAGUACGAAGGAAAGAACCUUCACCACCAACGAGUCUUGACACUUUGCGAACUGAAGACCUCAUUGUUUCGAGUGCGCCUCUCGUCGCUGAGCUAGGCCAUGGUCCUUCAGCUUUUGCUACGGUUAAUACUCACGCUCAAGUACAAACACCACAGAAAUUCCCUGUGAGACAAGAAGUGGCAUAUAAACCUGUCCAAAGUGUAAAUCAAAUGACUAAUAGUACUCCUGUUGUAUCCACUCCUGUUCACGUGAGCGUUUCUGUGCAACAAACUCAAUCUCAACCUCAGCAAGUCCAACAACAGUCUCAACAACAAAUGCAAAUACAAGGUUCAGCUGCUAAAAUUCCUGUGAAUGGUCAACCGGCUAAAACACAGGUGUAUCAAAGGCCGUCUCAACCUCAACAAAGUAUAGCUGUUCAACAGCAACCAGUUGUUGGAUCCCAACCGAUGCAAGUAUCUUCUUUGAAUCAAAGUGGACAACAAAUUGUACAGCAACAGCAUCCUGUGGUUCAACAAACUACUGUGGGAGCUAAUGUCAAUCAACAAAGAAUGGUUCAAAUUGGAGUGCAGCAGGCAAGACAAACAAUGCAGUCAGUCAGUACAACAGUGAACCAACAAACGACUCAACAGUACUCUCGGCCGCAGGUACAGAUACAACAGCAGACGGUGCAGCAACCGCAACCAGUGCAAAAUACAGUUCAGCCUGUUGUCGCAAAUCAGCAAUCUCAGCCUGCUUACCAACAGCAUACUAAUAUUCAGCAGCAACUUCACCAUAAUCAAGUAAAAAACGUCAAUGUCAAUCAGGGAUCGACGAAUGAAUUUCGUUAUGGUCAAAGUCAAAACAUAUUGAGUCGAAAUCCUCAGGAAGUCAACGGGACUCAAUUACCCACGUCAGGCCAAAACAUUCCCAACACAACUUCAUCAACUACUAUACAUUCGGCUUCCACCGGUGCCUUUGCUCAGACAAGCACAAAUGUGUCGCUGAGCCUCCCUACAAAUUCUACCAAUGUUUCCGUAUCAACUACUGUAGUUACUACCACUUCAGUAAGCUCACCUGUUCAAGCAUCCGUUAAUACGUCUUCGACAUCGUUAACAACAAAUUCAGCCAGUUCGACGUCAUCAACGGAUAUUGAAUUGACGUCGUCAGGAAAACCUCGUCAAUAUUUAAUUAAUCCAUUGACUGGCAUGAUGGAACCAAUGCCGAGCGAGUCUUCUGAGUCUGAACCUGAAAGUGCAAUAGAAAAUCAAGAUGAAUUUUUCCCCCUGCCUUCACCAUCAAAUGAUCGAUCGAAUUCGGUAUUUUCUGAUGACGAUGCGGACAGUAAUUUAUCAAAACGUAAUGAUGCAAUUAAUACUGAUCAAUCUGAUUCGGAAAAUGCAGCUAAAUCCACUGCAAGUGAAAACAGUCUCAAACUCAAUAGGAUAAAAUCUAGUAGAGACAGUCCUAUGCCGACUGAAAAAAUCAAAUUGAGAUUGAAGCUUGAAAAGUCAGAGCCAGUGAUGCCAGCAUACAAAGUUGAUGUAUCGUUUGUUAAUGCAUCGCCAAGCCGUAAAGCUGAAAAAUCGUCCAUAAAAACAUCGCCUUCGUCGACGAUGUCAACUGCGUUGACUUUUCCCGUAACAAGCACGUCAGCCAAUAUGUCGCCAUCGUCACAAAGUUCCGGCGAAGAACCUCGGGUACCUCCUUUGCAUAUCUCUUUGAGAGGAAGAAAUGCAUCAGUAGUACAAAUUGGCAAAAAAGAAAAGAAAAAGGAAUUUUCUAAUGCAACUGUUGGUGGGAUUGUCACAGUUAGCAGUGCGUCUUCUUCGGGUGCAUACACAAGUGGUAGUGAUAGUGACGCUGGCACAAAGAAAAAAGGAAAAUUAAAAAAAUUAAAAGAGACAACAGAUGGAAACAAAUUGUUACAAAAAAAGACAUUCAAUAUGAUAACAUCGGCUACGACAUCGGCUUCGAAAACGCCCGUGGCGAAUGUUACAAUGAAUAGCUUGAGUAACGCGUUAAAAAUAAAUAAUACUGUUCAUACAAAUAUGUUAAAGGCUAAUUCUUCUACACAAGACACCAGUAGAGGAAGCAGUCCAAGCAGCAAUAGUGGUAGUCGUUCGCCGUUAGAGCUACAGCAACAAUUUGUGCAGCGACAACAGUCUCCGCAACAGCAACAACAGUUGCCUCAGCAGCAAACAUUGAGAUCUAGCCCUACAAAAGUUAUCGGUGACGUUGAUGAAGUUACCGUCAAUAGUAGAGUACCAUCUCCGCCCAAGCUCAAGACUUCGCCGCAAAGUCAACCAAUAAUCAAAAAUGUUAUUCAAGUGCAAUCUUCAGUGGUUGAACCAGAAUUAUCUAAUCAUACAAACGAACAUAAAAUUGGAGGAGGUAAGACGAAAAGAAGAGAUACAAAGAAAAAGUCGAUAUCCCCUGAAGGAAGUGGUGACGGUUUGCAACGUGAGCAAAACUUAUUGUCAGGAGGUGGAUUAGUCGAUAGUCAGAUUAAGUGGCGUAAAAUUUCGUCAAAGGGUAGUGAUGAAAUUCCAACUACUUCACCACCCACAUCGACGGUAUCUACUACAACAGCAACUACAUCAAUAAAAUCAAUGGAGCCCGCACCUGCUGGCACCAACGAACUUAAUUCAUCCAUUAAACAAAUUACCGAAGUAAAACAAACAUCUACUGAAGUUGAAACACCGAGUAGAGUAAUUGGUGAUAAAAGUGUUCGGCAACCAGAACCAAAUGGUUUAAGAAAAGAUCUCGCCACCCAAGCAAAACGACGAAAAUUGAGUUUGCUCGAUGAGUCAGAUUUGCACCAAAUGGAAUCUCAAAAAACUGGAACAUCGCAGUUGGCGAGUCAGCUGGCAGGCUUGGAUCCGACUGUUGUUUCUUUAACUAAAGUUACGAACCCGAGUGUUACGAUAGACGAAAUAGAAAAAGUCUCAGCCUCUCCACCAAAGAAUAUUCUGCAGAUUACUGAUUCAACAAAUGUAGACAACAAAGUAUCUAUUAGCGAGAAAAAUAUAACGCAACAACCUCUGCAACAGAAUCAGCAACAGGUACAACAGCUGCAGCAGCAGCAAAAAGUACAACAGCAACAGAAGCAGCAACAGGUACAACAGCAUCAGAAGCAACAGCAACAACAACAGCAACCACAGCUCCAACAACAAAAACAACAACAGCAGCAGCCACAGCCCCAACAACAAAAACAACAACAACAAAAACCUCAAGUUUCAACCCAACAACCGCCAAAGACAAUCGUUGUACAACAGCAAAUUCAGAAAAAAGUCAUUAUCCAGCAACAGCAAUCGCAGUCACAAUCGCAACCACAAUCACAACUUCAACCACAACAGCAGCCACAACAGCAGCCGCAAUCGCAAUCUCAAUCGCAGUUAAAUAUUCAACUCCAACAACACAAGUCUUCAUUGGCACAAAAACAGUUACAACAAAAAUCAUCUGUGUCACAACAGCAGCUCAAAGCGGAUAUUGAAACGGCUAAACUUCUAGUUGGUAGUGGUCAGAAACUGAAAAACCAUACACUAGCAACCGUGGCGAAGAACGACAUCAGUAAACUCACACCAGUCACGGCCUUACAAGCUAAAAAACUUUUACCAAAUCACCAAAUUAUUAGUAAUAGAUCCACUCAAAUUGAAGCAACUGUUCAAAGAGUAACCUUAAUAAAAACUACUCCAAACUUGGAUAAAAUUAUUGAGCUACCAGUAACAAGCAAAACAGAAGAAUCAAGUUCAAAUGAACCGGAAAAAAUUUCAGUUGAUAAAAUAUCAACAUUGCCCAUAAAUGAUCUUGGUUCGACUGAAACGAAGGUAAAAGAAAAAUUAAUCGAAAAUCAAUCCAUUGAUGGAGUAGUCACUGUUCAACCCAAUAGCGGAACAGCUGCUGAAGACAGCGGAAUAGAGUCGAUGGAUGCCUUGUCGGAAAAAUCUCCUAAUCAGGGGGAAUCUCCCAUACAUAGGCCUACUGGUUCAUCAGUUUCACAAACAGCUUUAGAACCAAGUCCGCUUUCCACAGUACCUUCAACACGAUUAACACCUGAAAAAGAUAUUGUAGUAGCGUCUGUGAAAUCUACAGAAACUGCGAUAGAAAUCAACGAUGUGCCUUCCUUACCACUUGACAGUAGCAGUAAUUGUAAUAAUAGUUCUGGUGUCAAUAUUAAUUUAUCUGAAGACAUCACCGAAAAUCAUCUUGAUGAAAAACUCGAGCCGCAAACUGCAAGUGAAAUACUCGUCUCUGAACCUAGUGUAUCAACAUCGGAAGAUAUAAAGCCUGAUAUUGCUGACAUUUCGUUAAAAACUGAAGUUGAGAGUGUAGAUAUUACAUCGGUAAAAGUGGAAUCGUUGAAAGUUGAAGAAAUCAAAGUUGAACCAAUAGAUACAAAAGAGGAAGAUAAAAUUGUGAAAGUUGAAAGUAUCGAAAAAGUAGAAGGUGUGAACGAUAAUAAUAAUAUUAAAAAUAGUAAUUACAAUAAUCAAAAAGAAGAUCAGGAUACGGCAAAGACAAUAGAAAAUUAUGUUAGUGUUGAAGUGGAGACCCAUGAAGAAUCAGAAAUAGCAGCAAUCGAUGAAAUUCCAUCUAAAAUCGAAAUUGAAACGGAAGUUUACCAGGAGGAUUCAAUCAUUGAUGAUACGAGGCAGGAACCUCGGACAGAGUCUCCUGUGAUAGAACAAAAAGAAGUUCCAGUAAAAGUUGAGAUAAAAUUGCCAGACGAUAACCAAACAGAAGAUACUAAGAUGACGACCGAAGAACCAUCUAGUACUAGUGACGAAAGUUUGGCAACACCUGUAAGUCUUCAAAAGGCAACAGAAGAUCUAGUUACAAAAAUGAUUAGUGAGAAUGUGACCAGUAAUUGCGAAUCGAAUGCUCCUGCGUCGCCGUCAUGCGACGAUGAUCCUCAGCCAAUACGCAUUACACCGCCACUUUAUACGUAUUCCAACCCGGUUGUCAUGCAGCGAGACGAUACCCCAAGUCCAGCUCCUCAAACUUCCGGAGAAUUAGAGAGCAGCUCAGAGCCAAGUACUACAACCACUCCAGAACAGUUAAAGCGUAAGAGGAGGAGAAAACAAGAACUCGAGGGUCGUCAAGAUGUUAUAUGUAUCGAAGAAGCUGAAGAAACGCAAGUUAACAGCGACGAAUUUGUUUUAAAUAAGAAAGGCAAUAAUAACAAGCCAUCGCUACUAGAGCAACUGCUUAUCGAUAACGAUACAGCAACUCCUUCUCAAAUUGGGGAAAAACGAUCUCUGCGCACUAGAUCUCAAAAAUCGGUGGAGCAAGGUCGAGCUGGUAAAGUACAAAGUGAGAGACGGAGUAUAUCACCUUACGCAAAGCUGAAUACGAAACAAUUGGUGAAUCAAGCGGCAACCAAAGUUGUUGGGUUGACUACGGCCAACGUUUCAGCGGCAAUCCCAUCCAAAGUGGGCGGCAAACGUAGGCGGCAGGAAAGUGAGAGCAGCGGGACUUCCAAUAGUGAGGAACAACCGAGGACAGGUAAACGGAAAUGCUCGGAGAACGCAGCCGGACUUAUUAAGGCUUGCAUGGGCGUAGAUGAGAGCGCAGGAGGUCCUGUUAAGAGGCAACUCACUACUGGCAAGGAUGACACACAGGUCAAAAAGGGCAUCAACAUAUUGUCUAAAAGCAAAAAAGGGCCAAUGCUUGUGGACAUUGAGUCAUCUGAUGAUGAGCAUAAUAACGAAAAUCCAGUUAAAGCAAAAUCGAAAGUUUUGGAUGAAACCUGUACAGGAUCACCUAAACCAAAAGAUCAAAAAACUGGAGGUACGGGUGGUGCAGCUACGGGCGUCCAACUCAACGUCACCAACAGCACUCAGCAAAACAAUACAGUAACUCAACGUGCCCAGCGUUUGCUGUUGUCCAAACAGCAACAACAGCACGCUCAACAAGCUCAAUCUCAACAUCAAAGUGCUUUACAGCAAACGCAGCACCAAACAAGAAGCAAUAGUCCAAGUCUACAACAUCAUCAAACUACUGCAAGUAGUAAUCCUGGUGGUGGUCUAGUAAUGAAGGACCGUCUACGUGGCAGCAAUAACAGUUCCGAACCAGCUGAAGUCGCUGCCACUAGGAGAUCGGUACGUCAAAGCACGGCGUCUCCUCUGGCGGCUCCACCUGCUGGUAACACAAGAGGUGCAACUUCUCGCAGCAGUACUCUUGAGGAAGCCAAUCGCAGAAAAACCAGGAGUGGUGCUGCCGUUGCUGCAGGGGAUGAACCUCAGACCAAACGACGGAAAGUUAUUCGAGAUCCCAAAUGACCAUCGGAUAGUGACCUUGACAGUGAUUAGCUAGUCUCACUUGUCAAGGCUAGUCAACUAUUACCAACUGCUACUACAACUAAUUAUGUUCUUCACAUGUGGUCGGAUAACACUUGGUGAUUAUUAUUAUGUGUAAAUAUAUUAAAAAGCACCAAAUCGAAUUCAUCAUGACUUGUGAAACAACGGAUGAAUGAUUGCAGUUUUCAAAAAGAUUGAUACUGCAUUAUAAUUAUUACAAUUAUUAUCAAUUUAUAUUAUUCAUAAUUAAAUGGAAUUAACUUGUUGACAAUUUACAUAAAUUAUACUUAUCAUUAGAUGAAAUGAAAAUUUCUCUUAAGGUCAAUCGUUAUGAGAAAAUCUUUGUAAUGAUUGUUUGUUACUUUACUUAUAAUUCCGUGUUAUAAAAAUAAUGAUAUAUACCCAUUUGCGUUAUUUUUUAUUAUCGAAAUAUGUUGA